UAGUUGAAGACUCUAAAUUGCCCGUAGGUGAUAGCUGGGAUAGGUUCCAGCACGCCCACGACCCCAGUGAGGAUAAGCAGUACAGAAUAUGGAUGGAUGAAUGUCACUUAAACUGCUUUUAACAAAGUCUGUUAGUUCCAGAAUUGGCCGCUGUGGUGCAAUGCAGGCAGAGAAUGGGAGUGACGCAUUUCCGGGUCACAUAUAUACAAUAUGACUAGACGUGCCUCCCAUGCUUACUUGGCGGCCAAGUUGAAUGUGGGGCAUUGACAUGGCGGCCAUGUUUUGAUGGAUAUAUCUAUUGACUAUUGUACAUAGACUCACAGCGCAGAGAAAGAGCACGGCAUAGUUUCACUCUGAAGAAUACAAACAAGUCUCUUUGAGUCUGGAACAUACUGUUUUUGGAACAGUAACUUUUUUUGUUUUUGUCAAGCGUUUCGCCUUUGGCAAUGGAUUCGGAACUAGGAAGCACCAAAUUCGCUCCGGCUCAUGAAAGCGACUCGCCUAUGAUGAGUACUGUACGUCAACAAUGUCACCAUGACCAAGCACACUUGCAGGUGUUCCUGUGGAGAAUGCCAUCCACAGCCAGCAGGGUUGGAGAGUGUCUGUUGCCAGGAUUUGUCAGCAGUAGCAGAAAGGUUGACUGUUGGAAUGAGUUGCCUCAUUGAACAUGAAGGAUUUGAAGCCAACUGUCUAAAUCAGUAUGUGCUGGAAACCAGCUUCUGGGAGUACAUCCAGACAAAUGGCCCAAUUGGUGAUGAAGACCCAGUAAAUAAGUUUUUCAGAGAGAGGACGAGGGUCUACAGGUGCAUUGCAUACAGAUGAUUCACACAAUGGAUCUAUCACAUCCUUGGGAAGAAAAACAGAAGAGUUCUGCCAUCCUGUGUUGUUAGUAGAAUACGUGCUCAGUGGGAGAGUGAGA